UAACUAUAGAGAUCUAACUUAAAGCCCAAUACGCACUAACUCUUUGAGCCCAAACCUUAAAAAACACAAAGACCCAUCUUCACUACAUCCACAGAAUCACAAACCAAGGGAUCCUCGAGCUCUCUCUGUCUCACGCUGCUCCACAGCUUGUGAAAAAGGUAGUAAGGAGGAGAAAUUAUGUUGAAGAUGAUGCUUGCUUGCUGUAAGGUAUACAUAUCUGAAAGCAGAAACAAAGUGGCAUUGGAAUCAAUUGAAAGAGCUGCAAAGCUAUUCCCUGAAGCACCUAUUGUUAAUAAGUUUGAAGAUGUGACUUAUAAUAGAGUUGGCUACACUCUUGUCUCGAGUUUGGCUCCAAAACCAUCUUUAGACUCAUGUCCUUUGAAGGGUGUUGUGCUUGCGAUGGUUAAAGCUGCUCUGGAAACUAUUGAUUUCGGAUUGCAUUGUGGAAGUCAUCCCCGGCUUGGUGUUGUUGAUCACAUUUGCUUUCAUCCCUUGGCUCAAUCAUCUUUAGACCAGGCAGCUGGGAUUGCAAAGUCUCUGGCAGUGGACGCUGGCUCUAGUCUUCAAGUCCCCACAUUUCUAUAUGGAGCUGCCAAUGUUGAAGGGAGAACACUCGAUUCAAUCAGAAGAGAGCUGGGUUAUUUCAAGCCAAAUUCUGGAAACCAAUGGGCAGGUGGGCCAAAAUCAGAGUCCUUGCCACUGAAGCCAGAUGAAGGUCCAGCUCAAGUGAAUCAAACAAAAGGUGUUCUUGUAAUUGGAGCAACCAGGUGGGUUGAUAACUACAAUGUCCCUGUCUUCUCCACUGAUAUUGCUGCUGUUCGUAGAAUUGCAAAACGUGUUAGUGGGAGAGGAGGCGGGCUUCCUUCAGUUCAAGCAAUGGCACUUGCACAUGGUGAUGAUGUCAUUGAGGUUGCUUGUAACUUGUUGGAACCAAGUAAUGUGGGAGGAGAGAUGGUUCAGCAAGAAGUUGAGAGACUCGCAAAGGAGGAGGGUAUGGCUGUGGGGAAGGGAUAUUUUACAGAUUUCUCACAGGAUAAAAUAAUUGAAAAUUACUUGAAGUUUUGUCCCCUAAUGUAACCACAAGAUGCAAUUUUGUAACAGAGAAGGUAUUGUCCCUUCUGUGAAAAUUACUUUUAAAAAAAAUGCUACGCUGAAAGGUGUCUUUCUAAGGGAUUUUGUUCCGAUGCAUGUGAUGUGAAUGGUUGUCCACACAUGAAAUGUGUACGUCUUUACCAGCAUAUUCAUCAUCUUAGAAGCGGUGAAGUUUUGGCAUCAUAUUCUUGAGAGAUUGCUUAGAUGCAAAAAUUCCUAUAAACACUGUAUAUUUUGGUUCAACUACUUAUAUCUCUAUAUCUGCUCUUCGUUCUUCA